GGACGGAGCGCGUCGCCUGGGGUGCGUGGCGGGCCGGGCCUGUCUGCGGCGCUGAACCGGGCAGGAGGCCCGCACUCUAGGAAACUCCGUUUUUGCGCCAAAAGUUUACUCUGAGUGAGUAGCGACGGGAAGAGCGGCGAGGGGCGCGGCCGCGACGGUGCGCGUCUCUCCAGGGCAGCGCGCCCGCCGGCGCUGAGGCGCCGGGAAGAUGCUCGAGGUCCUGGUGCUGAAGGUUGAAGAUCCAGGUUGCUUCUGGGUUAUUAUAAAAGGAUGUAGUCCCUUUUUAGAUCAUGAAGUUGACUAUCAAAAACUAAAUAGUGCCAUGAAUGACUUCUAUAAUGGCAUGUGUCAAAAUAUAGAAAUAAAACCGUUAAUGUUGGAAGAAGGGCAGGUUUGUGUGGUUUAUUGUCAGGAACUAAAGUGCUGGUGCAGGGCUGUUAUUAAGUCCAUUGUGUCUUCAGCAGACCAUUACCUGGCAGAAUGUUUUCUCGUGGAUUUUGCCAAGUACAUUCCGGUGAAAUCUAAAAACAUCCGAGUAGCAGUAGAAACUUUUAUGCAGCUUCCCUACAGAGCGAAAAAAUUCAGACUGUACUGCACAAAACCUGUGACAUUACACGUUGACCUCUGCGAAGACAGCACUGAAAUCGUACCCGCCAGGAAGUGGGACAGUGCAGCUAUUCAGUACUUUCAGAACAUUCUAAAAGGCUCGUCCUGCACGAGGAAGCCGCUGGACAUUGUGGCGCUGGGUAAUCCAACUACCCAGGUGGAAGCCAAGUUAUGUGCUGUGGAAGAAGAUACUUUUGAGGUUUACCUUUAUGUAACUAUAAAAAACGAAAAGGUUUGUGUUAAUGAUGAUCUGGUUGCAAAGAACUUUGCUUGCUUUAUAUCACCCAUGGAGAGUAAAAACCUUGAUUCUUUAGAGAAACCAAGAGUGAAUAUGAAGUCAACGUCCUUUUCUAAUAAACUCCAUCCGGCACUUACUCUUUGGCCAAUGUUUUUGCAAGGAAAAGAUUCUCAAGAAAUGAAAAAUUCACAUGGUUUAACUUUUCUGGCACAGUCUCGCCAGCAUCCGUGGCCCAAGGGUGUUGUUGGUGACCUGGGGCCAACUGCUGCAAUCCUGGGUAAAACUAUAAGAUGUAAUAUGGAUUCACAGAGAGAUUCACCUAAAAACAAAUCUGAAAAGAAACAACAGUGCCUCCCUUUAAAAGAUGUAAAUAAGUGUGUUGAAUCUUCAGUUUACUGGCCAACAAAAAGAGGUAUAACAAUAUAUGCUGACCCAGAUAUACCAGCAGCAAGAGCUUCCUGUCAGAAAUCAAAUGAGAAAUCACUUAGAUUGGCUGAGAAGAAAGAAUACAACGAGAAGAAUGGUUGUGUGAAAUUAUUGCAGUUUUUAAAUCCUGAUCCUUUGAGAGCUGAUGGACUCUCUGAUCUGCAGCAGUUGCAGAAGCUGAAGUCGGGCACGUGGCGGCCGCUUGCAGUGCUCCGGAACAAGAUCGAGCCAUGCCUGUCCAUUGACAUGUCGCCACUCUCAGCAGACCUGAAAAGGGCUCUUCAAAGAAAUAAGUUUCCUGGACCUAGCCACACCGAAUCUUACUCUUGGCCUCCCAUAGCACGUGGCUGUGAUGUGGUUGUCAUUUCUCAUUGUGGAAAUGACCCUCUCUUGUACCUUCCACCAGUGCUUACAAUUUUGCAAACAGGGGGCUGCUACAAGUCGUUACCAAGUAGAAAUGGACCUCUGGCAGUCAUUGUGUGCCCUGGGUGGAAAAAGGCCCAGUUUGUCUUUGAAUUAUUGGAAGACGAUAGCCUGUCCUCUAGGCCUCUUCAUCCUGUGUUGUUAACCAUUGGACUGCACAAAGAUGAAGCCAAAAAUCUGAAGCUUCCAAGGGGCUGUGAUGUAAUUGUUACAACACCACAUAGCCUCCUGAGACUUCUCACAUAUCAAAGCUUGUUAUUUCUUAGACUCUGUCACUUAAUUUUGGAUGAGGUGGAAGUAUUAUUCUCUGAAGCUAAUGAACAAAUGUUUGCUAUAUUAGAUAACUUUAAAAAAAAUGUUGAAGUUGGAGAAAGGGAGUCUGCACCCCGUCAGAUUGUUGCUGUUGGACUUCACUGGGACAGACACGUGGGACAUUUGGUGAGAGAGUGCAUGAAUGACCCCUACGUGGUGAUCACGGCCAUGGAGGAGGCCGCUGUCUAUGGCAGUGUCCAGCAGGUAGUGCAUCUUUGCCUAGAAUGUGAAAAAACCUCUACUUUACUCCAAACUCUUGAUUUCAUUCCAAGUCAGGCACAAAAGACCUUGAUCUUCACCUGUUCUGUAGCUGAAACAGAAAUAGUGUGUAAGGUAGUCGAAAGCAGUUCAAUAUUUUGCUUGAAAAUGCAUAAAGAAAUGGUUUUUGAUUUAAAAAGAGUUUUGGAACAGUGGAAGAAGAAGUUAAGUUCUGGCUCUCACAUUGCAUUAGCCUUAACUGAUGAUUGCAUACCGCUCUUGGCCAUCACUGAUGCCACAUGUGUGGUUCACUUCAGCUUUCCUUCCUCUCCAAAAAUUUUUGGUGGACGCCUGUAUUGCAUGUCUGAUCAUUUUCAGAGUUUAGCCGAACAGGGUUCUCCUGCAGAACAGGGAGAUGAAAGGACCAAAUCUGUCUUGCUGCUGACGGAGAGAAGUGCGUGCCAUGCAGCUGGUGUCCUGCGCUACUUGGAGCGAGCAGAGGCCACGAUUCCAUUGGAGCUGUAUGAAUUCACUGCAGGGGUUCUGGAAGCCAAAGAAGAUGAAAAAGCCACAAGGCCUCUUUGUCCGUAUCUUAAGGCUUUUGGUUUUUGCAAAGACAAAAGGCUCUGUCCUGAUCGACACCAUAUUAAUCCAGAAACAGACAUGCCAAGAAAAUUGUCCAACCAAGCCCUCCCAAUGUUUGGAUAUAUUAAAAUAAUACCCUUUUAUAUUUCAAAUGCAACAAAUUACUUUGGCCGUAUCGUUGAUAAACAUGUGGAUCUUUAUGCAGCUCUUAAUGCUGAAAUAAAUGAGUAUUUUGAGGAUUCCAGUAAUAAAACAGCUGUUGAAAAGGUGGAGAAAUUUGGAUUAUAUGGAUUAGGAGAAAAAACACUUUUUCACAGGGUUCAAGUGCUGGAGAUGAGCCAAAAAGAAGACACCUGGGCCCCAGACAAAGUCCUUGUGAAGUUUAUAGAUGAAGGCAGGACUGGGCUCGUCCCGAGGGGCCAGCUGCUGCGUCUCCCAGAACGUUUCCACAGGAUGCCCCCCCAGGCUGUGGAGUUUAUUGUUUGUAGAGUGAAACCCACUGACAACGAAAUUGAAUGGAAUCCAAAGGUUACUAGGUAUAUUCAUCAUAAAAUUAUUGGAAAACUGCAUGAUGCAAAAGUGAUGAUGGCUUUGGGAAAUACAGUUUGGAUCGAUCCAAUGGUGCACAUUACAAAACUUUCAAAUUUGAAAACUUCUGUCGUUGAUUAUAAUGUUCGAGCUGAAAUUUUGUCAACGGGAAUGGGAGUUGAUAAUUCAGAACAUACAGAACAACUGAAAAAAUUAUACAAAGGAGUUAAAAUGCCAACUUGUGAAGAAAGCCUAAGCCAGACCCUGGUGCCUUCUUCAGCAGAAGAUCCCGCUUCUCAGCAGAGCGCACGGCAAGAGGAGAGGGGCUCAGAAAGAGGGGCCGAUUCCGAGACAAACUCAGAACACCAAAAGCAUGAAACUUUACCUGAAACCACUGGCGAUGCUUCCGUUAACAAAACUACAGAGCCUCUUAAAAGCUUCCACCCACAAAUAAAAUGGUUCCAGAAAGAUGAUGUGGUCAUAUUAAAGAUAAGAAUAAGGAAUGUAAAAGAUUACAAAUGCAAAUAUUUUAGAAAUAGAGUUGUUUUCAGUGCCUGGGUAGGAGAGAAAUUUUACUUGGCUGAUAUGGAGCUGCAGGCCAACAUAAUAAAGGAUGAUUGCAAAUGCACAAUUAAAAACGAUGAACCUCUCAUCACUCUUGCAAAAGAGAGAAGGGAAUCCUGGUUUCGCUUACUCAAACGGCGGAAUCCUAAUGUGGCUUUUGAUUUUGAUCACUGGGAAGACUGUGAAGAGGAUAGCCCCUUCUCCAGGGUUGUAAAUUAUAAAAACCCACCCUGCAAAGUGCCACAGGUGGUUGAGAGCAGUGACCAGUCUUCAGAAGAUGACGAGAGUGAGAGUGGAUGAGAAUGUGGACUGAAUCCUGAGGAGCGGCCAGAAGACUGAACAAAAAUGGAUAUUGCUGUGACUAAAAGUUAGGAAAACAAGCAGUUGUAUUCGAACCUUUUCUUACCUCAAGGAUAAAUGAUUACUGAUGUCAUCUUGUAGGCACUGGGAUUUGUAAUGUUGAGAAAUUCUUGGUUGAUUUAAAAACGGGCUGCUGAUGAGACUGGCAGAGGAGGGCGGAAGCAGGGCAGAGCAGCCGCGCGGAGAGCGCUGGUCCAGCGCGAGCCCGGCUUACGCACGCGGUCUGUCCUGCUCGCUGCCCCCGCACGAGCCCAGCCCAACACUCUCAAGCUGAGCCACAGAGGGCAGACCAUGGCGUUGGGGUCAUGAAUUGUACUAUCUGGAGUUAGUUAUGCGUUUUUUUUGUAGGCCCACGUUUGGUACACGUCUAAGAACCUGGUCUUGUGCAUAUAAGUUGAGGUUUCUGUCUUACAAAUUUAUACUCAGCACUGCUUAACAGACCCUUUCAACCGUGAGUUAGUGGGAUUCAGCGUGACUGGCUGUGUGCUAGUACUUGUAGUAUUCUGAAGAUAGCUACUCAGAGUAAGUUUACUUUUUAUGAAGAGAAAGUCCAAGGAUAAAAAUGGGGUUGCCUCAGCAAUACCAGCCAGACCAGGGAGUUCUGGAGGGAAAGCUACUACAUCUGAAGAACCCCCAAACCUGCAGAGUCCUAGGCAAACAGGACAAAGGGUUUUUUUCAGUGGAAACUGAAAAGGACCAGUGGGGUGCCUGGAUGUAACCCUCCGAACACUUGAAUGUGAUGGCCCUAAGAACAUUCAUGACCCCAUCUUGGGGUGAGGCUGUGGCUCCCAGGGUCACAAGGUUAUUGGGAGGAACGUGCGUUGUCAUUACCGCUUAAAUGUGGGAAUGCCGAGAACCUGACUUUUCCUGUUAAUUGAAAAAGUCAGAAAGGUGAGCUACUGCGGAAUUGAAGCCCUCUGCACUUCUUCAGUGUGAGUCUGGCAGCUUUACCAAGAAGUGGAAGAGAACACUGAUAGAACAGGACCAUUGUGACUGCCCCAGGAUCCUUAUUCCCUUUACACAUCAGAAAGCACAGAUGCUCAAGUCCGUGUACGUCCCAGGUAGAAGCCCCUGCUUGAAUGAGAGGUCAGCUCUGUCAUCAGGCUGUCCUGUGAGCGGGUUUGGAUCACACUCAAGCUCUCAGUUUCCUCAUCUGUAAAAUAAGACAUUCUGCUCUUUGCACAGCCUCGUGUCACCUCAGGGAGAAUCCCAGAAUGCUGCUGGGUCAGUAUCUUUGCACAGAGGCUCCGUGGUGGGCUCAGUCAGACCAGUGCUCUCUGGAGGGAGGACGCGGCAUCCAGCCUGGACAGCUGCCAGCAGCAAGUCCUUACUGCUGCCAUGACUCCCGUGAGCUGACUGGCAGCUGUCAAAUUGGCACAUGAAGUACAGUGGUGACUUGCCUUUUUCUUGGUUAAAUUGAGCAGGCUUCUCAGGAAGUAUGAAGUUCUGGUGGCUUUGCUGGCAAAGGUUUUAACUCUGCAGAGCUCUCCGAACGUCCUCUUCAGGUGUUGGUUUCCGUAGACACAGCUCUCGCUCCUGCUGGGGGAGGCCCUUGGGUGGGUGGCCGGGCCUCCUGAGCUGCACGGCCUUCCCUGGGAUUGUUGGCCCCCGGCAGUUGCUGCUUGGUUGUAUGCAGUCUCUUUUGUAAAACAUAGCAAAUAAUAAUGGCAGUAGAGUUGCACAAAUGCGUGUUUCCCGUGUACACAUGGUGGGGCUCUGCUCUCAGAGAAGACAUAGUGCGCAUUCUUGUAUGUCGUUCACAGCCAGCUCAACGAAAAUAUUGGGGGAGGAGGGCUAGACGUUUCAGUCUUGAUUUCUUUUUUCAGACAUUUAAAUUUCCUACUAUUUGAAGUUCUGAAUCACAUAUUGUAGGGCACAGGAUGCUGACUUGUGAAAUGUAAACAUUACUAACUGUUAUUUUGUUCUGCUAUAAUAUGUACUGAUUUCAUGUUUGGGGAAAAUUUCUGAAAUGCAAGGUAAAAGUACUUUUGUCUCUCAGCUUCUAAAAUUGUUCCCAUAGUCAGUUGUGGUGUGAAUGCCUUUUGCAGUACGUCAAUAAAAUUUCAGUGUUUCCACAGAAA